CCGCCCCAGGCUAAUCCCCCUGCUUCAGCGUCUGUUCCCGGGACCAUAUUAUUCAAGACAGAAAAUAUUCAGCCCCAGAGCCUCCCCUGGGGAGGGGAGGGGAAGGAGGUGGAGUGGGAGGAGGUGGAUCCAGGGAGGAAGAAGCGAGAAAUCCGCCCCCGGGAAACAGCUCGGCGCGGCUGCGGAGCGGAGCAGUUCUGUCACUAGGCGAUCGCGGGCGCCCGAGCGCGGCCCCGGCCCGGCCCGGCGAGGCGAGGGGAGAGUCCGGCGGCCGCCGCCCCGCCCCACGCCCUCCCGCGGCGGCCGAGAGCCCGGGGCCGGCCGGGGCAGGUCGCGGCGGUGUCUGGGAGCGGUCGGCCGGGGGCGGCGGCCUCGGAGCGCGGCGGCGGCUGGUAGCGCCGGCUAGUCCUCCCGCUCGGUCCGCUGUGCGCCAGGCGUACUGGGCGCGCCGUCCAGGGGACCAGCCGGGCCCGGUGCGGAUCUACUCGGCGCGCUUGCUCCGGAAAGAUCUCUUUGGGAGAGCCUUCACGACGCGCUAGCAUUGCUCUCGGGCUUGGGAGGAGCGCUAGGAACGAAGGGGACCGCUUUCUGCAGUUGGCCUCACUAGCUGCCCAGGAGACUGGUCUUUGUUUUUUACGUCUGGAGAAAUGGACGAAGACGGUGAAGGCCGUUGAAGUCGGAAGAAAUCAUCAUCAGGGCAUUUGAAAGGCGGCGCUUCAUUGAAACCUUCAUUUGUCUCAGCAACCCUGCACCCUCUCGGAACCUGACGUGGAAUUCUUACCUUCUUGGUGCAUGGUGGCAUUUCUCUCCCAAUGUGGACUCCCAAGGGUUGGUCCCUUCUUUGUAAUUUGAAAUGAAAUGAUGGCCACACGUCGGACUGGUCUGCCUGAGGGAGAUGGUGACACCAAGCUCAAGGCCUGCGGGUCCCCCACCUGUGAGGGACCCAUCAUCUUAUUAUAUUUAACAACAUGCUGAUUUAAGUAUGGGCCGUGCUGAAUGGAGAUGCACAGAUGCUGUUAUCAAAUGCAGCUAUUUUCUGUUACAGAAAGACCAUAUGGUAUCAAAAAGUAAAGAUGGAAAAGAACAAAGUGAAACUGUAUCACCAUCCGAAGAUGAAAUGUUCUCCUGGCCAGGUCCCAAAACAGUUAUGUUGAAAAGAACAUCUCAAGGCUUUGGUUUUACGUUGAGGCAUUUUAUUGUUUAUCCCCCCGAGUCUGCAAUUCAAUUUUCAUUUAAGGAUGAAGAAAAUGGCAACAGAGGAGGAAAACAAAGAAACCGCUUGGAACCCAUGGACACCAUCUUUGUUAAACAGGUGAAAGAGGGCGGACCUGCUUUUGAAGCUGGAUUAUGCACAGGUGAUCGAAUUAUAAAAGUCAAUGGAGAAAGUGUUAUUGGAAAGACCUAUUCUCAAGUAAUUGCUUUAAUCCAGAACAGUGAUACAACAUUGGAACUUAGUGUUAUGCCAAAAGAUGAAGAUAUUCUCCAAGUGCUACAAUUUACAAAGGAUGUCACAGCUCUGGCGUAUUCUCAAGAUGCCUACCUGAAAGGCAAUGAAGCCUACAGCGGCAAUGCCCGCAACAUCCCUGAGCCCCCACCAGUCUGCUACCCCUGGCCGUCAUCCGCCCCUCCCGCCAUGGCACAGCCCCCUGAACCACCUCCUCCAGACUCCACAGCAAGCAAACCGCAGACUAGCCCCCCAGUAUUGACGCAGCCCGGCAGGGCCUACAGGAUGGAAAUCCAAGUGCCUCCGUCACCACCAGAGGUGGCCAAGUCCAACACAGCAGUGUGUGUCUGCAAUGAGAGUGUGAGGACCGUCAUUGUACCUUCUGAGAAGGUUGUAGAUUUAUUAUCUAACAGAAGCAACCACACAGUUCCCGCUCACAGAACUGAGGAAGUGAGGUAUGGCCGAAACGAACAGCCCUCUUUCAAAACAGCGACGAGAACCACCUCACCGCCAUCCUCAGUUCCCACUGCCCAUCUCAUCCACCAGCCCGGCUCCAGGUCAUUGGAACCUUCUGGCAUUUUACUUAAAUCUGGCCACUACGGCGGACACUCAGAAGGUCUGGUGAGCAGAUCUCCAGCUGUGGAGUCUCCUUCCAUAACUGUCAACCACUACUCUCCCAACUCCCAUCAGCACAUAGACUGGAAAAACUAUAAAACUUACAAAGAGUAUAUUGAUAACCGGCGCUUGCACAUGGGCUGUCGGACCAUUCAAGAAAGGUUAGAUAGUUUAAGAGCCGCCUCUCAGAGCACAGCGGAUUAUAACCAGGUGGUGCUGAACCGCGCUGCUCUGCAGGUACGGCGUCGGAGCACCUCUCAGGACCGAGUGCCCCAGUCCAUCCAGGUCCGGCAGCGCAGCGUGUCCCAGGAGAGGCUGGAGGACUCUGUGUUGAUGAUGUAUUGUCCGAGGAGUGCCUCUCAAGGCGCGCUGACAUCUCCUUCUAUUAGUUUUAGUAACCACAGAACUCGUUCGUGGGAUUACAUCGAGGGACAGGGUGAAACCUCGGAAAACGUCCAUUCUGAAUGUCCACCGCCGGAUGCAAAUGGUGAACGAAAGCAGACUUACAAGUGGAGUGGGUUCACCGAACAGGACGAUCGGCGAGGUAUUUACGAGAGACCCAGGCAGCAAGAAAUUCACAAAUCUUUCCGAGGCUCCAAUUUUACAGUGGCUCCCAGUGUGGUGAAUUCUGACAGCAGGAGAGUGAGCAGCAGAAUCGGGGGAUCAGUGUCUCAGCUUAAAAAAAUUCCAGCAGAUCUAAAACCCCUGCAGCCCAGCAGAAAUUUUCAAACUACUUGUGGAAUGUCCCAGCCUCGAGGGAUUUCCCAAGACAGGUCACCUCUUGGAAAAGUCCGAAGUAACUCUCUGAAAGCGCCUUCUACGCAUGUCGCGAAACCGCCCUCCAGCCAGAACUCAUUUCUUUCUAUCAAAGACCAAAGACCAGUAAAUCACUUGCAUCAAAACAGUUUAUUGAAUCAGCAGACGUGGUUACGGACUGAAAGUGCCCCCGAUCACCAAGUGGACACUGGGAAGCCCCCCUCUCUUUCCGGAGCCUCUGUUAAGCCCCCGGCUCUGGCAAGUGAGAAUGCUAGCACUCCAGAUUUUGAGUUAUCCGUCACUCAGAGGAAUCAAGAUUUAAAUGUACAAGAGGUGGAGAUUCAGCAAUCGAAUGCUGUAGAUAAUAAAGAAACUGUCAUCCUAAGAGAAAAACCUCCAUCUGGUCGCCAGACACCGCAGCCUUUAAGGCAUCAGUCUUACAUCUUAGCAGUGAGUGACCAGGAGACAGGCUCAGACACCACCUGCUGGCUGCCUAAUGAUGCUCGCCGGGAGGUCCAUAUAAAAAGGAUGGAGGAGAGGAAGGCCUCAAGUACCACUCCACCCGGUGAUUCCUUGGCUUCCAUCCCAUUUAUAGAUGAACCUACCAGCCCUAGCAUCGAUCACGACAUUUCUCACAUCCCCGCCUCUGCGGUCAUCUCUGCCUCCACCUCCCAGGUACCCUCCAUAGCAACGGUCCCUCCCAGCCUCACAACUUCAGCUCCAUUAAUCCGACGUCAGCUCUCCCAUGACCAGGAAUCUGUUGGACCUCCCAGCCUGGAUGCCCAGCCCAGCUCAAAGACAGAACGAUCCAAAUCAUAUGAUGAGGGCCUGGAUGAUUACAGAGAAGAUGCAAAACUGUCUUUUAAACAUGUAUCUAGCCUGAAGGGAAUCAAGAUCUUAGACAGUCAAAAGUCAUCAGAAGAUUCCGGAUCCAGGAAAGACUCUUCCUCAGAGGUUUUCAGCGAUGCUGCCAAGGAAGGGUGGCUUCAUUUCAGGCCACUCGUCACUGAUAAGGGCAAGCGCGUUGGUGGAAGUAUUCGGCCAUGGAAGCAGAUGUAUGUUGUACUUCGGGGCCAUUCGCUGUAUCUGUACAAAGAUAAACGAGAACAGACGACUCCGUCUGAGGAGGAGCAGCCCAUCAGUGUUAACGCCUGCUUAAUAGACAUCUCUUACAGCGAGACCAAGAGAAAGAAUGUCUUUCGACUCACCACGUCUGACUGCGAGUGCCUGUUUCAGGCUGAAGACAGGGAUGACAUGUUAGCCUGGAUCAAAACCAUCCAGGAGAGCAGCAAUUUAAACGAGGAGGACACUGGGGUCACGAACAGGGACCUAAUUAGUCGAAGAAUAAAAGAAUACAACAGUCUAAUGAGCAAAGCAGAGCCAUUGCCGAAGACCCCUCGCCAGAGUCUUAGCAUCCGGCAGACCCUACUUGGUGCUAAAGCAGAGCCUCGGACUCAGAGUCCACACUCUCCCAAGGAGGAGUCAGAAAGGAAGCUUCUCAGUAAAGAUGAUACCAGUCCUCCAAAAGACAAAGGCACGUGGAGAAAAGGCAUUCCAAGUAUUAUGAGAAAGACAUUUGAGAAAAAGCCUACUGCUACGGGAACAUUCGGGGUCAGACUGGACGACUGCCCACCAGCUCAUACAAACCGGUAUAUUCCAUUAAUAGUUGACAUAUGUUGUAAAUUAGUUGAAGAAAGAGGUCUCGAAUAUACAGGUAUUUACAGAGUCCCUGGAAACAAUGCAGCCAUCUCCAGUAUGCAGGAGGAGCUCAACAAGGGAAUGGCUGAUAUUGAUAUACAAGAUGAUAAAUGGCGAGAUUUGAAUGUGAUCAGCAGUUUACUAAAAUCCUUCUUCAGAAAACUCCCAGAACCUCUCUUCACGAAUGAUAAAUACGCCGACUUUAUUGAAGCCAAUCGUAAGGAAGAUCCUCUAGAUCGUCUGAAAACAUUAAAAAGACUAAUUCAUGAUUUGCCCGAACAUCAUUAUGAAACACUCAAGUUUCUUUCGGCUCAUCUGAAGACAGUAGCAGAAAAUUCAGAAAAAAAUAAGAUGGAACCAAGAAACCUAGCCAUAGUGUUUGGUCCAACUCUCGUGAGAACCUCCGAAGAUAACAUGACACACAUGGUCACUCACAUGCCAGAUCAGUACAAGAUCGUAGAGACACUCAUCCAGCACCAUGACUGGUUUUUCACAGAAGAAGGUGCUGAAGAACCUCUUACAACAGUGCAGGAGGAAAACACAGUAGACUCCCAGCCAGUGCCAAACAUAGAUCAUUUACUCACCAACAUUGGAAGGACAGGCGUCUCCCCUGGAGAUGUAUCAGAUUCAGCUACUAGUGACUCAACAAAAUCUAAGGGUUCUUGGGGAUCCGGAAAAGACCAGUACAGCAAGGACCUGCUUGUAUCCUCCAUCUUCGCGGCUGCCAGUCGCAAGAGGAAAAAGCCAAAAGAAAAAGCACAACCCAGCAGCUCGGAAGACGAGCUGGACAAUGUGUUUUUCAAGAAAGAAAACUCGGAGCAGGGUCACCACGACAUUAAAGAAGAGUCCAAAAAAGAGAGUGAGACACCAGGCCGAAAACAAAGGACCGUUGCUCCCAAAGAAAACAACACGAAGAAAGACAGCAGCGGAGGCGGCAGAGCUGAGCAGAGGGCCCCGCGUGGGGAAAGCUUGGAGCCCCCGGCCCCUCAAAGCACCAAGCAGAGCCGGUCACCCACCCUGAGCUGUCGCCUCGCCGUCCUGAGAGAGAGCCCCAGGGCCCUCGCGGCCCAGAAGACCUCCCACCUGGAAGACACGGGGUCCGACUCCGGCACCCCACUCAGCACUCACGCCCCGGCUCCCCCGGCAAGCUUUCCCACCAAGAAACCCCCCAGCCCCGAGCCCAAGCACAGCGAGCUCCUGGUCAGUGUCGGCAGCAUCACCGACCACGCCGGCGCACCGUCCGCUCCCUACCUGGCCGGCCUCGACUCCAGCCGGCUGAGCCCCGAGGUGCAGUCCAUGGCCGAGAGCCGGGGAGAUGAAGCUGAUGACGAGAGGAGCGAGCUGGUCAGCGAGGGCCGGCCAGUGGAGACGGACAGCGAGAGCGACUUUCCGGUCUUCCCUGCCGCCCCGGCCUCCGACAGGCUCUUAAGAGGAAAACUCCAAGAGGCCACGAGGACCAGCCGGAGAAACUCAGAAGGCAGUGAGGUCAGCUGCACGGAGGGAAGUUUAACACCAAGUUUAGAAAGCCGGAGACAGCUCUUCAGCUCCCAUAAACUGAUCGAGUGUGACACUCUGUCCAGGAAGAAAUCCGCCAGGUUCAAGUCAGACAGUGGGAGUCUAGGAGAUGCCAAGAAUGAGAAAGAAGCCCCUUCCAUCACCAAAGUGUUCGACGUUAUGAAAAAAGGAAAAUCCACCGGAAAUUUACUGACACCACCAGCCAGAAGCGAAUCGGACAAACAGGAACCCACUUGGAAAACAAAAAUAGCCGAUCGGUUAAAACUGAGGCCCAAAGCCCCGGCCGAUGACAUGUUUGGAGUAGGAAGUCAAAAAACCAUCGCCGAUCCUGCCAAAAGGAAAAACAUCAAACGCAGACACACACUGGGUGGGCACAGGGAUGCUACUGAAAUGAGUGUUCUAAAUUUCUGGAAAGCCCAGGAGCAGAGCGGGGACAGAGAAUCCGAACUUUCAGCUGUGAAUCGAUUGAAGCCCAAAUGCUCCGCCCAGGACCUGUCCAUCUCAGACUGGCUGGCCAGGGAGCGGCUACGCACCAGUACGACUGACCUGAGCAGAGGGGACACGGGGGACCCCCAGCCUGAGAGUCUUGGCACCUUAGAAAUACCAACCAGGGACCCGCCCCUGUCUUUCCAGUCCGAUGCAGACAGUUCUUCCAGCACCUUGGCUUCAACUAACAGGGCCCCUCUUUCCACACCAUCACAGUCACCUGACCAAAUAAAUGGAGAAAGCUUCCAGAACACGAGCCAAAACUCCAGUUCUGCAGCCAGGGUCCAACCUCAUCAACUGUCUGAAACCCCAGACCACAAAGCACAGUUCCAUCCCUGUCUUUAAACUGGGGGUCCCUUCUGGAGCAAAUAAAAGCUACUGUUACACUUUCCAGUAACUCUGUAAAUAUUUUCUUGUACCAGAAUUGUUAUUAUGCAGCCUUCAUUUGGGCUGGUUUCAUCAUUUUGCACUGUGAAAUACCUUUACGGUGCAUUACUACAGCCAGAAGAACAUAUAUAUAUAUAUAAAUAUAUAAAUAAAUAUAUAUUUAAAAUAUAUUGGAUAGUUGUAUACAAAGGAGCAAGGUAUUUGUUGCAACUCACUGCAUAGUGUGUACACCCAAGAUAACUGAAGAAAAUCUCUGGCGUUAGUAUGCGGCAGACAUGUUCUUUUGGUUUCAUCACUAACAAAAGUGCCUCAUCAUAAAAAUACAUUUGGUUUUUAGGGUGCCAUAUUGUUAAAUUAGAUAACGUACAUUGAGCAAAAAAAAAAAAAAAAUGUGUUUUAUUGGUAACAAAUUUCAUCACAUUUACCAGUUUUAACACAGGUGGAUACAGAACUUCGAUUCUCUAGUCAUUCCAGGUGGAUCUCUGAGUUUUCUAUUCCAACUUUUAAUACAGUUUUUGAGUUUUGUGUGACUUGAAUUUUUAAUCUUUCUGUAAAAUACGUAACUUAAAUGAACAUAUUAUAUGUGUAUCUUUUCUUCAGAUACCAGAUUUGAUAUAAAUGUUGUAACAUAGGUGUGUAGAUAGUGACCUGGAUGGAACUGGCUUCUUUAUGGAGAAGAAUAUAAUUCUGCAUGAGGACUUAAUGGAUCCAAACCUGUGUCAUGCCUGUGUGCAUACCCAAUUAAACACUGGAAAUAAAAAUUGUUUUGGUGAA